AAUUAAUUGAAAAAAUGGGUAAUAAUGAAGAAAUGUUCCGACAAGAACAAAUGCAAGCAAAAGAAUUUUUACUUAAAGAAGAAACCUUGUUUGCUCAAGGGCUUGAAAAUUUAGGCCACACUAAG